AGCUAUACUCUCUUACUCUACUAGUAUCCACUAAUCUACACUGCGCACGUCUUCAGCCCCAGCGUCCAGAGAUACCUUUACUACUAACAAAGCCAACAUGUCACACCAGCAGCCUACGGUAAGAAUAGCUUGUCUUCAGAUACAACAUUUGUCGUUGCUGGCGACCAGCCAUCUACAUUGCCAAUACAACCAUUUGCAAGCGUGCAUGUAGGACCCGCGCGAGAGCACUGUGAGCCUCAGUGCCCAGUCAGACCUGACCACAGUCAACAUGACGUACCAGAUCGAGGGGUACACGAUCUCGAACGAGAUGGAUUUUGUACAUGCGACCAACGCAAUUUCUGAGCAAAUCGACCUGCUCUCACAAAACAUUGGGCAUCUCGAGCGCCUCCACGGCGAGGCGAUCCACACAACAAGCACAUUCAAGCACACGCAGGUCCUGCGUAGCCGCGAGCAGUAUGCAGCCGAUACCGACGUCAUCAUCUCGCGAAUCAAGAGCAGCCUGCUGACUAUGGAGCAUGCUGUGAGCGACCCUUCAAUCUCCAAGAUUGACAGCAACCUGCGCGGUGGGCGCCAGAUCAAGCUCACGCGCAAUUUCCGCGAGCAGCUCGAGCGGUACAAAAAGAUGGAGCGCGAGCAGGCCACGCGUAACCGUGACCACCUGGUGCACAUGUACAAGAUCGCGUGCCCCGAUGCCACCGACGAGGAAAUCAACCUGGCUAUUGAGGACGACAGUGCUGGCCAGAUCUUUGCCCAGCGUGUGAUGAGCUCGUCAAGGGUCGGCGAAGGCCGGCGGGUGUUGCAGGAUGUGACAGACCGCCAAAACGACAUUCUGCGCAUUGAGCAGACGAUCCAAGAGCUUUCGCGGCUAUUCAAUGAGGUUUCGGAGAUGGUCAACCGCCAGCAGGAGAGGCUUGACAUGAUCACUGUUGCUGUGGAGAACAUUGAAGUCAGCGUCGAGAAGGCGGUCUACUACAGGAAGAAGUCGCGUAAGCGCACCUGGUGGAUCAUUGGCAUCAUCAUUGGCCAUCCUGUGACCCUGUCGGUGCUCAAGUCGCAAGGCAAGCUCUAAGCAGCCGAUGUUCGAAUGCCUCGCUCUCCAAAAACAACGCACUUGCUCGAUUGACCGCUCUUGUACAGAGAAAACAGACUGGCUAUCGAGGACUGCGCCCACAGCACCUGUCUCCUGCGAACCCACCCGAACUAGCUUCACAUGUAUCUACCUAUCUUAUUCUUU